UUUUAUUUACACGGAGCAGUUGUUCAGCAAACGGGAAAAAAAACGCCGUAUAUUGUGCGUCGCACUUUGAUGACGUGCACAACGUAAAUAACGACCGUGGCUACCGGGAGAAGCUAAGCUAACUGGGCGACAGAGGAAAUGACUUACAGGCGAGAAAGGAGUAUACGGGAGGUGUAUGAUGAGCGCUUUUUAACAGACAGGCCGGGUCCAUACCCACGGGCGGCUGGAGGGGUUGAGCGAAGAGGCCCCUUUGGAAGGCCAGAAGAUGACUACAGCCGUGGUGGCUACGAUUAUGAAGGAGGUCCCCGCUUUUACCCAAAUGGAGGCGGUCCCCGGGGUUACCAUGAAGAUCAGAGGGGUUACCAUGGAGAUGGCCCUCAUUUCCCUGCUGAACGCAGAGCCAUUCCACCUUCAAGGAGGGAGGACUAUCCUUACAGGGUACCCAGGGAUGACCCCCACACAGGGCGGCCUUUGGAGUUUGGCGCCCGUGCACCACCACCUCAUAGUGUUAGAGGCCAAGGCAUCUAUCCAGCACCCAGAGCGCUCCCAGAGAGUGGGGAAGACACACUAGUACAGGCUAUACUAAACCUGGACAGAGGCGAGGACAGAGACCACUACAGGAGAAAGACAGCCCCGUUUCCUCCUCUCAGAGAUCGUUCUCCCGUGCGCCGAGAGGUGGCCCGCUCCCCGCACAGCCGCUCUGGCUCCAGCGUCAGCAGCAGAGGAUACUCACCAGACAGAGCCAAGAGCAUCCCUUUCCCCUCACAGCAAGGCAAGAGUGUGGAUGGUCCAGAGAGUCACACGGGUGUUUCUGAGCACCUCUGGGGGCCACUCUUUCCUCAACAGAGUGGACAUGACACUUUGGGUUAUGAAGAGACUUAUUCUCAGAGCAGGAUGAUUGACAAAAUUCCUGGCCUGUCAAGAGAGGGAUCCCCACAGAGUGCAACAUCUGUCAAGGAGGAAAACCCCCCUCCAGAAGGAGAAAAAGAAGAGCCACUGGUAGCUCCUGUCGUGGAAGAGAGCCAAAAAUCUACAGACAAUUUUCACGAACGACGAGCCUUUGCCAUCGCAGCCAAAGCCCAGGAGAUAGAAAAGGUGUAUCGUCAGGACUGCGAGACGUUCGGAAUGGUGGUGAAGAUGCUGGUGGCUAAAGAUCCCAACUUGGAGAAGCAGCUGCAGGUUCCCCUCCGAGAAAACCUCGGGGAGAUCCGCGAGCGUUGCCUAGAGGACCUCAAACACUUCAUCAGCGAGCUGGACGACGUCAUCCGGCAGCCUGAAACUUCCACCUGUGACUCAACCACUCCCUCUACAUCCCAGUCAGGUCAUAAACUUUCAAAGACAGCAGUCAAUCACAGCUCAUCUUACUGACGCAUCAGCCCGACGUGCUGCGUUAAUGUGAGACAGAUGAGGAAGGCUUGAUGGUUUGAAGUCUGGGUUGUUCAGCAGCUCAAACCGAAAAACAGGUAACCAUGGAGAAAACAGGUCACCAUGGAGAGAGGACAUCCUUUGCAGGAAGGACCAGUGUUAUUUUUGAACGGACCAUUUUUACCUUCAAGUUUUCUGUGGGAAUUUAUCAAUCAUAAAAAAAAUGUUCUGUUAAGUUUUGUCAAAAGAAACACAUUCUUUAUUUAAAAUUAUUCUCGUCUCACAUUGUGAAAAUGGUUAACAAGGGGUUUAUUAUUUAAUCUUCUUUUUGAUGAGAAUAUUUUGUGGAGAGCAGAGAUUCAGUUCUGCAGCAUGAUCGGUUUUUGUAGUAUUUUCAGCUAUGUACAUUUUUCUUUUGUAGCAGAUAUUUGACUUGGUGCUGCUAAAUUUACAACAGGUUAACUUACUUGUACAAAUUUGUACUGUAAAAAAACUGUUAAAUUCA